AAAAGACAAAGGCAGAGGUAUUGCUCGUUUUCUGAUUCUCCCCAAACCCGAACGCACGCGCAGCCGCCGCUGGCGCUGCUCGCCUGUCCCCGCCUCCCCCCAUCCCGCGGUCCGCCGGCGCUGCUCCUACGGCCCCAUCUCCAAGGCUGUCGCCGUCUGGCGGCUAGCCCAGUCCCCGGUCGCCGUGUUGCAGGCUUUGGUCCAUCUCGGUUCAGGGACAGUUAAGCCAUUGGCCGUCCAAGCUUGGCGUGCAGUCGGAAUCUCCUUAAGUUGAUGUUCGUGUGCAAGCAUGCUGGAGGAGACGCUGCAGGGUGUGAGUUUAGCUGUUCAUGCUUCUAGGCCUCUCCAAACGGAGGCGUGGCACGACUUCCUGCGCUCGCCGUUGGGUUUGCCCAUGGACAACUUCGGCCAUGCACAAGCACAGACAUCUACUCUGGUACCAUUUCAGCAGCCAUUUACCAUCAUUGUCAUCGAUUCGUCUGUGUGUGGCGAAUUUUGGCAGUCACUUACCAUCUGAGAGAUCAACAAAGCAAGAGGGGCGCGGCAUACAUGAUGCAUUGAGAGUUUUGCACCUGGUGCCAGGGAAGGCAUAUAAUGGCAAAGAGGAAGGUUUGUCUCAUCACCGCAUUAUCAAUGAAUGUAUGCAUGACAUCUUGGGAGUUCAGUUAGGAAAUCAUGGUAUGCAUAAUGGAGAAGUGCGGUUCGCUAGCUCAAGCAAUAACACAGAGCAAAUUUUACCUGAUACCAUUGAUUCUCAUGAUAUCUCUGCUUCUCCUUCCAUGAAUAAACUCGCAAAGGGAAACAAGUUUGUGCUACUUGUGGAGUUGCAUAGGAAAGGAAUAAGUGCCGAUAUAUCUAUUUUAGCAUCUGCCAUGAGCUUUUGUGCUGUUAAGCAAUCCAUUAGGACAGGUGCUCAGCUCCAUGCUCUACUGGUGAAAGUUGGUUAUGAAUUGUCGGUACUUUCUGGUACUUCUCUGAUUAGCUUAUAUGCAAGAUGUUCUCAGCUGGAGAAUGCUUGUCAGGUUUUUCAGAGCAUGCCAAUAAAAAAUACUGUGUCGUGGACAGCACUCAUUUCUGGUUAUGCACAGGAUAAUCAGGUUGAGCCAUGCCUCAAGGUAUUUCAGCUGAUGAGGCAGUCAGCGUGCAGACCUAAUGACAUCACAUUUGCCACUAUCUUCAGUGUGUGCACUAAUCACGCACUUCUUGCACUUGGUAAGAGUGUUCACGGUCUAGAACUAAGAAUGGGUUUUGAUUUGUGUGUGCAUGUCUCGAAUGCACUGAUAUCAAUGUAUGCAAAGUGUGGGAAUAUAAUUGAGGCCCAAUCAAUAUUUGAGAGCAUUGUGUGCAAGGACCUGGUUUCUUGGAACUCUAUGAUCUUUGGAUAUGCACAGCAUGGCCUUGCUGAGCAUUGUCUAAGCUUACUAAAAGAAAUGGAGGAGGAGCACAUAGUGCCUGAUGUAAUCUCCUUCCUUGGCAUCCUGUCAUCAUGUCGGCAUGCAUGCCUUGUAGAGGAAGGCCGGCGCUGCUUCAAGGCAAUGAUCGGACUUGGAAUAGAACCAGAGUUAGAUCACUAUUCGUGUAUGGUAGACCUCCUCGGCCGGGCAGGAUUGCUCGAUGAAGCGUGGGAUUUGAUCCGUACAAUGUCCACGCCCCCAAAUGCAGUCAUAUGGGGUUCUCUGCUGGCUGCCUGUAGGAUGCAUGGAAACAUUCCGAUUGGCAUCCAUGCUGCAGAGCACCGUCUUAAGCUGGAGCCAGGUUGUGCUGCAACUCAUGUACAGCUAGCAAAUCUAUACGCUAGCAUUGAUUGCUGGAGUGAUGUGGCCAGAGUGAGGAUGAUGAUGAAGGAGGGAGGACUGAAGACGAACACUGGAUGCAGCUGGAUAGAAAUUGGCAGUGAAGUUUAUACUUUCACAGCAGAAAACAGAUCUAAAAGCCACCAAAUAAACAAUGUCCUGGCUGUUCUUGACUUCUUGCGAUCUCAUAUGGAAUACAAAUAUGAUGUGCUGAUAGAUGGUUUUGAGUUUGAUGACCCUCAGUAGUUCAAGGUAAGUUUGAGCUCUGAAUAAAGUAUUGGGAGAUGAUAGAUCGCCGCAGUCAUUUGUAUGAAGAUCAAAGAGUCAAUUCUAUAGAAAAAGCAUGACUCACACCUCAGAGACUUGCGAUAUGAUUCGUCCGAUUCGUACCUCAAAGUAUUCAAUAUUGUACUGCAUUAGAAACAGUAGAGUUUUCCCACCUGACAUCUGAUUUGAAUUUUGAUGCUCAAUGUAUUCUUAUACGCACUUGAUGUUUUAAACCAGGAUACACUAGUAAUUAGACUAGGCUACACUAGUAAUUAGUGCGAACCAUUUGGGAACUUUAUAUGUAAAUUUGAACCAAAUAUAAGAAAAGGUUGGCUUGAUUGACUA